AUGCUAUCGGGCAAGUGCUUGGGUAAGUCACGUGAGACCUCACCUCCUCUUUCCCCUCAUCUUGCUGUUCGCCGCGCGUAGUGCGGUUCUGCACCGAACGUACGCUCAGCAGAAUGGGCCUCCAGCCCAUCCGCUAUCAUCAGGCUGUGACACGCACCAUACUCAUCGAUGGCCUGAACCACAUUAGACGUCCUUCAGCCCGAACAGUGACCAGCUCGCCUCGACUUUGCUCACUCGUCUUGAUCCUCCUCGUGCUCGUCAGCCUUGUCUCGGCUGAGCCCAGGUGAGUCGCUGUUCUGGCCAAUUCAGGCAAAACCAUAACAAAGAACUUUACUCGAGACCUUGAUUCACAGUCCGCAAAACUGGCCUUUCAAAGGCAAGCUUCAACCACAUGUCCAGUCUGACAAGCGGCAAGCGCCCCAGACACCUUUACGGCUUGCGAAGAAGAAAGUUCCGUGCGAGUGAGUUGGCCACUACGAGGCUCGUAUGGGGAUCUCAGUAUGUCCAGGCAGAGAUUCCACAGUUGUUGAGGCUACUCCAUGCCGCUUUCGCCCUUCUCACAGUGAAUGCGCAAGAUCAUGCUGGGACGAUGCUCGGAACGUCUCGAGAACGUGGGUUUUUGUACUUGACUGCGACAGCCAGUCAGAGGUUUGAUUGGGACGCCUAGCAUUUACAUCUCGAGGAAGGUUCUACGCGCAGAUGGCGAUACUGUUCCGACACCUGCGGCUGCAAGAGCGUGGCGUACUAUUGA